AUGGCGCCUGCCCCUCUCUUUGCCUCUAUGGCAUUUCAGCCUACUGUGGCGCCCACUGAUCUGACUAUAUCCUCUGUUGCUAAGAGCUAUCUAGUACACCACCCUAUUCUUCUUAACCCUAAUAACUGUCUAAAGUUGUUAGAGCAGCAUAACAACUGCAAGAACUUUCUAGGGCUCCUUCUCUACGCUAAGGUGUACGUAAUUACAGAGAAGUAUGCUAUUAAUAGCCUUAAAGACCUUGCUGACGAUGGCGAUUUUCUGGAUGCUGCUGGCGAGGCUUACACUUCUAUAAUUGAAACUGAUCGCGGCCUGCGGGACGUCAUCAUGGAAGUAUUUGCUAAACACGAGGACCUGCUAGACCGGGAUGAAGCAAAGACACUCGUUAUGAGACUAGGCUCGCUUGCUUAUGAUCUUCUCGUGCAUUUUUAUCGGGAGGGGAAACUUUGGUAUUAA